UCUGGAAGAGAGAGUGAAGCUGAGGACUUUGUGCAAUCUGCCUUUCUUAAAUCCGGUUCACGUGCAAGUCAAGACAUAGCUCCAUGAUGUCAUUGGACCUCCUUGAAACAAAGGAUGAAGAACAACAGUCCUGUGCCUAGAAUACCAUCCUGCCCCAUCUUUGCUUGCUGAAAUCCUACCUAGCCUUCAAGAUAUAACUCAGGUGAGAUGUGUUUCUAAGAAAGAUUUUGAUGCUUCUAACAAAAUGAAGUGCAAGAUACCAGUUAUUCUCCUUGCCUGUGGCUCCUUUAACCCUGUUACAAAUAUGCACCUGCGUUUAUUUGAAGUGGCUAGAGAUCAUCUUCACCAAACAGGAAUGUACCAGGUGAUUGAAGGCAUAAUUUCCCCAGUAAAUGACAAGUAUGGAAAGAAAGAUCUUGCAGCUGCAAAACAUCGGGUCGCCAUGGUACAACUGGCCCUACAGACAUCCAACUGGAUUCGAGUGGAUCAAUGGGAGAGUGAACAGAAGGAGUGGAUAGAAACAGUGCAGGUGUUGAGACACCACUACAGUGAAUUGCUCAGAUCCUUACCCAGGAGAAAAGAGGCCACCAGCUCCAGAGCAGAGUCAGAAAUACCUACUGAGGGUAUUGCCACUCCAGCACAUACAGCUGCUCCUGAGUUAAAGCUGCUCUGUGGUUCGGAUGUCCUGAAGACAUUUCAAACCCCCAACCUCUGGAAAGAUGAACACAUCCAAGAAAUAGUUGAAAAGUUUGGCUUGGUGUGUGUUACCAGGGCUGGCCAUGACCCAAAACAAUAUAUCUCUGAAUCAGCCAUUUUAACUCGCUAUCAACAUAAUAUACAUCUAGUCAAGAAUGUGGUACAGAGUGAUUUGAGUGCCACGGCCAUAAGACAAGCCUUGUGCCGAGGACAGAGUGUGAAGUAUCUGCUUCCAGACUCAGUCAUUUCCUACAUUGAGGACCAUAACCUCUACCUGGAAGAGAGCAAAUAGACAGAAUUAAAGGAAUGGGAUGCUUCUUGGAAGCUAUAGGCCAGCUUGACUUAUGGGAUGCAGGAGGGGAUGCAGGAGAUGUGGUGGAUUGAGUGCACAACCCAUUAUCAAGUUCUCUGAAUGCUCCAUGUCUGUCCAGAACUUCUCCUACCACCAAAAAAAAAAAAUCACAUUUUAUUGGGGCACAUUUCCU